AAGCCCACCCCAAUCCUUAUCUUCCUUCUUCCAUUUCUCCUUUUUCCUUCAAAGAAAAUCUCUGCAAUUAUUUUUUCUUUUUUCCAUUUUUGAUUUAUUCUCACCUGCUUGAAGAUCCCUCCUCUGAAGGAGGAGCCUCUUCGGGUGUCACAGACGUUGUUGAGAUCUUGGGAUUCUUUUUGAAGAAGAAGAAGAAAAAAGAUGAACAGGUGCGCUUACGAGCAGAACGUCGUGACAGGUUGUGAGGGGUCGAGGACGGUGGUUGGCUCUGUCGUUUGCCCUAAACCUCGUCGUUUGGGCCGUUCAAAUCAUUCCAUAAACGACCACAUCAGACCUCUUAGAUGCCCUAACAACAGUCCUUUUCAAUCAGAAGGUAGAGACUCUCAAGCAGGAACAGAACUCUUUGAUAUUAUUUUAACAAAGGGAAAUAGUGUAGAGAUGAUGAUUAAUAAUAACAAUAACCAAGUAGCCUCAUCGCCACCAUACUUCUGUGGUUCUCCACCAAGUAGAGCCUCAAACCCUUUGAUCCAAGACGAACAGUUCGGCAACGGUGGUGGCAAGAUGAUGGGGUUAGUAACACCGACGCCGCCGUCUCCGUCGGCCCGAAAAGCCGGCGGCGGCUCCGGCUCCUGCUCCCGGAUGAAAUUCGGGCAGAAGCCGGCGGCUGUGCGUAUUGAAGGGUUUGAUUGUUUGAGCAGAGACAGGAGAAACUGCAGCAUAUCAGCUGUGGCCUGAAUUGGGUUUUUGACCAAAACUAUAAACACACUCAAGUUUUGUGAAUUAGAGGGUCUUUUUUUCGAUGAAGAAGAAGAAGAAGAAGAGAAACUAAAAGCUUAAAGCUUUUUUGGGACUUUGUUUUUUUGGUCUUUUGUAAUAUUUGUGUAUAUAAAGGUUGGGUCUUUGUUUGGUUCGAGUUUUUCUUUCGAAAGAUGUAUCAUUGUAUAUGUAAUUAUGGUUAUGAAUCAGAUGAGAAAUGUUCCAUUUUGAGGAAUAAAAUGAAGCUAGAAGAGGAAGAAGAAGGAGAAGAAGAAGAAGGUAUUGUUUAUCUUGUUUUUUUUUUUUGGGAGUUUUUUAAACUCUUUUUGACAACUUUCUUAAUUGGAAGAAGUUUGUAAUCUAAUUAAAAUUUGAGUCUUUGUGUUCUCAUGAAUUCUCCAUUUUGUAAUUUGUGAAGAAAUAUGGAGGGUAUUGAGGACUUUUCAACAAAAUAUAUGGAUUUGGAUUUUUUGUUA